AUGCUGAACAGAAAAGUCUCAUUUAAUAUAAUUGAAAAUAAAGCCUUUGACGUUUUAGGGACCUACAAAGUCAAACAAGUCCAAAGGCUGAAAACAAUUUCUUCAGAAAAGACCUUAAGAUCUUUAACCCCAGACCCACUUUUAAAGUCAAGGGCAAGCUAUUCUUUUAAUAAAACGACUCGAGAUAUAUCACAUAUGCUUGAUUCCCAGAAGUUAAAGCAAAAUGUAAGCGAUGUAGAGACGUUGCACUCGAUUUAUCGAGGGGCAUCUAGCUCAAGUCUGCCUACAGACUAUGAAGAAAUCAAGAAUUAUGUCAAAAAUAAUUUCAUACUUGAUUCCAGCAUUUUUCUCGACACAGGAUCUACCCAAUCAGGUGAAGAAAAAACAAGCCUAGGCUUGCCCACUGGAAGAAUCCAGGCUAAAAAUUUAAAAUAUUGGCUUGAUACCAUGAAAAACAAGUACAUUAAUGACUAUUUAGAAGAGCUCUACAAUGGUCACAGCCUUAACGAGCUGAAACGAGAAGCAAUUGAAAAUAUUUAUAAAGCCUGCCUCAGAGAAGUUAUCCGACAAGUAUCUGUUUUUUGCUUAGAUAGAGGGAAUCUUAUAAUGGAAGUUGUAUCAGUUCUCUUCAAAAUCUGGAAAAGUAAGCUUGAUUGUCAAGCAGAUAUUGAAAUUGAAAAAGAAAAACAAUUAGAAGAAGAAAUCCUGAAGCUAGAAAGCCAGCACUCAGAAAUUUUGACUAAAAUAAACGAAAAACUGACCAAAGCCAACACUCAGCUAAAGGCAGCUUUACAAAAAGUCCAAGACCAAGAGCAAGAAAAUACCAAUCUAAAACAAGUUAUUUUUCAGCUAAAUGAUGAAAUAAAUAAAUCAGCAGGGCUGAUUGACCCUUUUAAGUCUUAUAAACUAGCUGGAGAGCCUGCUGUUUUUAAUGAUGUAGGGAUCAUUAUUGAAAAUAAAGAAAGAAAAUUAGAAAAGGCAAAAUUAGUAUCAAAAUCGGUACAGACUGAUACGACGACAGAAAACCAAACUUUUGAGUUCAAUAUUGCGUCGACUGGAAAAGUGCUACAGAUGGAGAAGCUAGGGAACACUUUGGCUCAAAAAAUUGAGGAAUUGAAAAAUAGGCUUGCGAGUUUGGAUCAAGAAAUUUCAGAAAAAAAUGCUCAGUUGAGUGAGCUAGACCAACAAGUUAUGAAUGCAAAAAUCAAGAUUUUGAACUCAGAAAGGGCUGAGUGGCAGGAGAGCAAUUCUCCUCAUAAAGAAAAUCAGGAAAGACUGUCAAGAAGCGAAAGCCCGCUCAGACCUGAAGAUACAAUUAUGGAAAAAAUUGAUGAAGGACUUGAAGAAAACGAGCUAAAGCCGCCUUCAAGAAAGGUCGGAAGAAAUUCGAUUUUUUUUAAAACGCCUUCUAGAGGGUCGAAUAAUCCAAAAGACCUUUCCCCAAACCCUAAAAAAGAAAGAAGAGGCACAUUUUCAGCGAAUGUGAUCAUGUUUAACAAAAGACAUACUAAAUUGUCAAUUAAAAACAGCCCUGCGAUCCAAAUUUUAGAAGAAUGCUUUAAGCUUUCAAAACAGAAAAUGAACUCAAAAUCGAUUUUUUCCAAAAAAAUGCUGCAUAAGGUGCUAGAAGGCAUUUAUAACAGCUUAGAUAUAGACAAAAUUGAGAACCUCCAUAAUGAUUAUUUACUUGAAUUCAUUCAUAAAGAGCUGGUUGCUAAAUAUGCAGCAUCUAAAGUCGCUGAUAAAAAACUGAUAGAAAUUAUUGCAAGCUGCUUCAGAUACAGCAAUGACCCAAAAUUCAGGGUUUUUCUGAGGCUUAUAGGGGCUGGAGAAAUUAUGUCAAUGACAAGUUUUAAGAUAAGGACUUUUAAGGGGAUUUAAAUAAAUUUAAUUAAUUAAUGCCCCAUUUAAUGGCUAGGAAAUUUAUCUCCUUACAUGUCAUUGCCCCAGAGGAAUCCGCAGAAGCCCUUCUAUCCUGCCAGAGGAGAUGCUUGCACAUACCUAUCUGGAAUCUUCUGGCACUAAAGCUCCUAAGGGCUUGACACAUUUGAUUGCAAUUUCCAGUAUCGCAAUAGCAUAUACAGUCAUCGGAAACCUGCUCGAGAGCGUUAUGGCCGACUCGAGCUUGUUGUUAACCGUGCCCUUCCACCAGAGGGUAAAACCCCAUGUCCCAGGUUUAGCGCCUUGAGGCACAACUGAAUCUAUAUGUCGAUAUAUACCAAUGACGCCUAAUUCUAGGCUUGGUUUCUCAACCUAGGUAUCCCUGCAGCGCUGAGAAAAUUGCUCCAAGUGAUUGGUUGCCUCCACCAUUAAUUAUAUACUUUUAAGGUAAUAAUUGAGUGUAUUCACUUCAUGAACAAUGCAAAUCUUGGCAUUAUGAUAGAAGAUUCUAUCCAAAAAGCACUAUAUCCUAAGCUGAGGGCUAUAGAAUGCAUUAAAGAACAAUUCGAAAAAAUCUACUCUAGGCCAUUUUAUUUAGAAUUAUUGAAUAGGAUCAACCAAAUUUCGGUAGAUGAUAGGAUAAAUAAGGACGGGCUCAUUCAGAAUGAUACUUUUAUAGAAAUUAUUGCAGAGCACUAUCAAAAAUAUCAUGAAUCUGUAUUAGAAGGUAUCAGAGCAGUUGCCUGGGCUAUCACUGGGAACCAAGUUUCAAGCUUUAUCAAUAAAUGCGACUACAUUUUGGCACUGCGCAGCCUUUAUCCUUCAAGGUAUUUAGAAAUUGUUGAAGACCAGUCUCUUUAUAGCAAAUUCAGCUUCUUAAAGCCAGAGUCUCAGUCAAAAACUUUGGUUUCUCUGAGGGCGAUUGAAGAUUUGUCACUUUUGAAAGGGAUUUUUCUUAUAGAAGAUAUCAAAAAGGUAUGUGAUGUAGAUAAUGUCAGCGAUGAAGAGAUGGCUGCAACAAUUUCUAAGGUAUCUGGUCUAAUGGAGGUGUUCAAUAAAAUAGGGGAUGAAAAUCUUGCAAGCAAAUCCUCAUAUACUAUGGUAUCUUGGCUGCAGAAAUUAGAUAUCCUAACAAACUUUUGUUUGAAGAAAAAAGGGGUUGGGGUGUUGGCAUUCAAAAUUUAUUCUUUGGAGUCUGAAAGAUUCCUUUCUAAUUAA